AUGUGGCAUGAACUUGUUCGUCUUAAUCUUGUUCGAAUUUUUUAUCCAUGUUUAAUGAUAUUUGGUACAGUUGGAAAUAUUUUAUGUUUAAAAAUUCUUCUACGUAAACGUUUUCGUCGUCAAUCAACUUGUCAAUAUUUAUGUAUACUUGCUGUUAUUGAUAUACUUUUUAUUUAUAUGAGAUCAACACGUUAUUUAUAUCGAUAUAUAUAUAAUGCUGAUUUACGUAAUGCAUCAUUAUGGAUAUGUCGAUCAUUUAUAUUUUUUUCUUCAACAUUAUCACAUUUAGCAUCAUGGAUAUUAGUUAUUGUUAGUUUUGAUCGAUAUUUUAUGAUAAAAAAUUUACUUGCACGUCGUGAUGCAAAGUCACGUGUAAUUCAAUCAACAUGUAUACUUAUAUUUAUUGUAUGUACAGCUAAUUUACAUUAUUUAAAUAUUUUAGGAAUCCAUGUAACAAUACAAAGUCCAGUUGUUCAAAUAAAUAAUAAUAUUUUAAAUGAAACAUCUCAUACUAUUACUCGUUUCAUAUGUAUGCCACGUCCAUCAUAUAGAGCUGUUUUUCAUUUAUAUGUUCCGAUAUUUGAUUUACUAUUUGUUGCGAUUAUACCAUUUUGUCUUAUGAUGUUUACAAAUAUUGGUAUAAUUCGUACAAUUAUGACUACGAAUAUGUUAUGUGCAACAUCGAGAAAACAACAACGAAAUAAUCGUUUAACUGUGAUGUUAUUAUCUGUUAUAUUAGCUUUUAUGCUUUUAACAUGUCCAUCAGUGAUUUAUAUAUGUUUAAAUCGUUUAACAUCAUCAAAGACAGCAGCUUCGAAUAGAAAAUUACUUAUUCUUGAUUUACUUGAAGCAUUAUGGUAUACAAAACAUGCAUUGAAUUUUAUUUUAUAUACAUUAAGUGGACAAGACUUUCGUCGAGAAUUUAUGAAAUUACUUCCAUGUCCUCGACGAAAAACAAUAAAUAUAUUAACGAAUCCGCAAAGUAAUUCAAACAAUCGUUUAAAUAUAGCUGUCAGUAUAUAUGUAGAUAAUACAACGUUAGUAAAUCAACGAUUACUUGACAAACGAAAAAAACAAUUCAACAAAGACGUCAAUGAUUUAUCGACUAUGAUCAUUUCGAGAACUUCAAAAGUAAAAACUCCUGUUCAGAUAGAUGAUGAUUUUGUUGUACUCAGUACCUAUUCAAGCACAUAUACACCAACAUCCUGUACAAGUGAUCGAGGACGAUCUUCAUCAACAACUAAAACAUCAGUACAUUAA